UGCAAACUGCUUCUACAAACAUUUGUGAAAGAAUGGGUCACUCUCAGGAGCUCAGUGAAUUCAAGCGUGGUACCGUGAUAGGUUGCCACCUGUGCAAUAAGUCCAUCCGUGAAAUUUCCUUUCUACUAAAUAUUCCAUGGUCAACUGUUAGUGGUAUUAUAACAAAGUGGAAGCAACUGGGAACAACAGCGACUCAGCCACGAAGUGAACGGGGUCAGCGCAUGCUGAAGGACACAGUGCACAGCCACCAACUGCAGAGUCAAAUAGCUAAAUACCUCCAAACUUCAUGUGGCCUUCAGAUUAGCACAACAACAGUGCAUAGAGAGCUUCAUUGAAUGGGUUUCUAUAGC